AACGCCAGUCGAGUUGGGCGAAGUGCGAAAACGUAAACAGUCGCAUGAGUAAACUCUCUCCUUUCUGGUGGUAGCCAAAAAAACCGGUCUGAUUAUAAAAUCAACCAAGUUCAGAGAUAGUCAGUGACUAGAGAGUGUUCUUUGAAGAUAAGACAUCGGAUGUUCUUCCGUACCAAAUAGAAAAGUUGCACAAUCGUUCGCGGGGAUGCGUUGUUUUAGAAGGUGCGAAAGUGAAAGUUGAACUGAAGAAGGAUUCGCAUUGCUCGACCACGAGAGUAUUACGACAUACACAACGCAAUGUCGUCAAUGGUAAUCGGUUUCACGCGUGUGACGCUGACCGGGCUAGGAACAGCAGCGAGGUCACCCGCAAACAGGUUUUUGUCGCAUCUUCAGCUGAAUGGUGCCCAACUCAGGAAUGUGGCUGUUUGCUCCAGCAGCAGAGGAUUGCACAGUUGGAGUAGGCCGAGCCCGAUAUACGCAGAUCGCAGUAGACUGGGGUGCUUGGUGGAUCUGCAACGGCAACAGUUUCAGCAUCAAAGUGUGCGGUGUUUCUUCAGGGAUGUGCCUGACCGAGCACAGCAGAUUCCAGAGGACAAGAAGGGAGAACCUGGAUCGACGGCGAGCAGUAGCCAAUCAUCGCCCGUCGAUGGCAGUGGUAGCAGCAGUGGAAUGCAACAGGAGGAACCGGCCAAGCUUGGCCUAUUUGCACGCUUCAAGAAGAUGUACAAGGAGUACUGGUACGUGCUGGUUCCGGUCCACUGCGUGACGUCGGUGUUCUGGUUGGGCGGUUUCUACUACGCGUCGAAGAGUGGCGUGGAUGUAAUUGCCCUGCUAGAGUCGAUGGGAGUCUCGCAGAAGCUGAUCGAUCCAGUGCGGGACUCCAGUCUGGGGCAUAUUGCGGUCGCAUAUCUGCUGUACAAGAUUGCAACACCGGCGCGGUACACCGUCACGUUGGGCGGUACCACCCUUUCCAUCAAAUACCUGGUCCAGUGGGGCUACAUCAAACCGAUGCCCUCCAAGGCCAAGCUGGUCCAGAUGUACAAGGACAAAAAGGAGAACCUCCAGGAGCGGAUCGCCGAAAAGAAACAGGACUUCCACGAUCGCAAACAGCAGCUGACGGAUGCGAGCAAAAAGAACCUAGAGGACCGGAUGAAGACGAUCAAACCGAAGAAGGACGUGACCGAGCCAAAAUAGCCCCGAGUGGAAUCACCGUUUACUGUUGUGUUCGUUUCGUACUCUUCUGGUUUGUUGUACUGUAAAAACAAAUGUAUGUAAAAGUCGUUUCACGUGCUAAAACAAAGUGCUAGAGUUCUCUACUUGGAAAUUGUUAAUCAUGCUUCGUUUGAAAUUUAUUUUUGGCAACAAAUAAAUCCUUUAAACAGA